AUGGCGCUGCAGCUGAAGAACGGGGAUGCAGUUUACUACCAGAGUGCAGAAUACUGCAGAAAUUAUACUUCGCCGCCUGUCAGCUACGGGGACAGCAGGCAUUAUCUUGCCCGUUUGCCAGGCCCAGAGAUCAUGCUGAAGCCUCCCCUAAGUCUCUUUAGCCAUCCCCAGCAGCCUUUCCACCACAUGGACUCUCUGCACCAGCUGAGACCUCCACCAUUGGCGCCUACGCAGCCUCUCGGCCCACCACCCCUAUCCCCUGCUCAGGCAAUUGGACCUCCAACUAUGGUUCCGACCCAGACUCUUUUGCCCCCUCCAAUGACUGCUACUCACACGUUAGGACAUCCCCUCAUCAUUACCCCACCACACAGUUUAGGCCCCCCUCCAAUGGCCCCAGCUCAGCCACUGGGGCCUCCACCAAUGGCACACACCUUAGGUCCCCCACACAUAGAUCACACACAAGCAAUAGUGCCUCCAACCAUGGACCUCCUACAACCGUUGGGGCCUCCACCUCUGAACCUUGCACAAGCACUGGUGCCCCCACCUGUAGUGGUGCCCAGAGCUGGCCGAUUCACCAUCCCUCACAGCCCCAUGUCCUCCCCUCAUGUUAUGGGCCCAGACCCUUCCCACCUGGCCCUAAUGCCCCCAGGACCCAGCCUCAUCCCAUCCCCGAUGUCCUGUCUCAUCCCUGGUCCUCUUCCGGGUCAGGCUGCCCCAGCCAGCGAGCAGCCCCAGGAUGAGGGCUCUCUGCUGGGGACGGAGGAGCCGGAAGACUCUCUGGGUUUGGGGGAACUGUGUAAACCACUGUACUGUAAACUCUGCAAUGUUACCCUUAACUCCGCUCAGCAGGCACAGGCUCACUACCAGGGGAAGAACCACAGUAAAAAGUUAAGAAAUUUCUACGCUGGCAGUCAACAGCCUCCAGCCAUCAGGAUCCCUGAAGUCCUCGAGGCGGCGGGCCAGACAUCCCUCAGCUCAGGAUCAAACGACAGUGACGCAGGCAGACAGGCGCAGUAUAAGGGAGCAACCCGGGUUAUCUUGGCCACAGAGAAUGACUAUUGUAAACUGUGUGACGCCUCCUUCAGUUCACUGGCAGUUGCACAGGCCCACUACCAGGGCAAGAAUCACGCCAAGAAACUACGGCUCGCUGAGGCCCAACAGAACGCCAUUAACAUGGAGGGCAGCAAUGAGGCAGCCCCAAGAAGAAACAGGAAAGAUGGCAGUGAGUACAGACUGGUGAAAAACCGCCGAAGCCCACAGCUACCUGCUUCCAUGCCAGGGCCGUACUACAAUCCCAGACCGAGGCAGCGCAUCCCGAGGGACUUGGCCAUGUGCGUGACUCCGAGCGGACAGUUCUACUGCUCCAUGUGUAACUGCGGAGCCGAGCAGGAGACGGACUUCAGGCAGCAUCUGGAGAGCAAGCAGCACAAAGCAAAAGUGUCGGAGUUAAGAUACCGCCACGAGAUGGAGAACCUCGGCUACAGCUAAGAGACACAAGACGGGAGGGGGGUAAAAGACAGAGAUUAGAGUGGGACAGAAUAGGUGGAGAAACAAAAUAGAAGACCAAAGUGCAGGAAAGCAAAUACUGCCCCGUGUUUGAGGGGCCUAUUUAGUGAAGGGAUUAGCCCACAUGGUCUCAAGAUCUUGUUGCAAUUCAUUUGAUACGCUUAAACACUUAAGUCCUCAUAUUUGACGUAAUGCUUUACCAUAUGAAGCUAUAAUUGGAUUUGAUGGAUUUAUUUGAUCUGGGUAUUACUCUUGAAAUCAUGUCUGUAUAUUAAAACUGGCUGCAACAUGUAUGCAGAGAACAGGGAUUGGAGAAAAUGAUGUACAAGUCAAAAAAGGUUUCCUAUUUGUUACACUGUCUCUGGUGAACUUUCCUCUAAGUAGGUUGCAUUAUGACUCAGAAUACAGGUAAUUGCAAAUGGAUUGCAAGUAAAUCUUGAGAUUGUUCAGGCCACAGGGAGAGGACUAGUGGUGCACAAAGAGCCAACAUAACAGGAGAGGAGGCACACUUGGGACAAUCAGAGGGUUCAAGCAUUAAUAGAGAAUGCAAAAUGUUGAAAAUAGAGAGAAACUAGUUGGCAGGAAGUAAAAGGAAGUAUAGAGGCAAACACUUGAAGUCAGAAUAUGUCUGGUCCUUGGCAAAACAAUCAUCACUGAGGACAAAGUUUGAGCCCUACAGGUAUUUUUUACAGGCCCUACAGCAGGGACUUCAUGGCGACUGAGCCACAAAUUCAACAUCUUUAUAACCUAACACAGGUAAUAAAAUCCAAAGCUAAUUUAAAAAACAAAGCACAACGAACAACAUCAUCUGGUAGAAACAGUGUUACAUGAAUCUGUUAGCCUUAGCCGACCUCUUAGCGGUCCUUUAGUGUGUAUCAGGCUGAAGGCUACACCCUGGCUAGCCUUGUUUGUGCCUUUAGAGAGAAUUAGGCUAAAGAAUAAACUUUGGCUAGCCAUUUUGACAUAUAGUGGGAACCAACCAACAGUAUUGUUUGGGUUUUUCUAUAUUCUGUGUCAUCUCUUUUCUUGUGAUAAAUCCACAUAAAUAUUAUGUAAAGAUUCUCAAAUUACGUUAUAGAUGUAAAUAUAGGAUAAUAUACAUGAAUACUAUUCUUUGGUUAAUGUUAGCCUAGCAUAUAUUGUAAAUACUCAUCUAUCUAUUUAAUAAUGAUCAGGAAUCUUGUACAAAGUGUGCACUGACUGAAUGUCUAUCCAUCAGCACUGUAUGUUUGUGUGUGGAUGUUACCGUACGCCCUCUAUAGCACUUUAGGCGAUGCCCUUGUUCAUUGGUAAAAGUAACUUUGGUACCAUCCGUCUAAUUAAAAGCUGCUCGUCUCUUCAUUGUGACUGUGCUGGAGGACCACAUGCCAGGAGAGGCUGUCUCUGAAGGUUCUUUGUCUUCCUAACACAGCCACACUGGCACUGUGAUGGGAAGAAAUGUGACAACACGUCGGGAACUCAAAGUGAUGCCUGCAGCCGAAAGCGUUUAACUCCAAACUUGUAAUUAGUUUGCAAAUAGCAAAUGAACGUUUGAAAAAGCUCAUGGCUGUUUCUGCUUGUUAGACAUAUCAUUCAAUUCUCCCAAUGAAUUCUGAUUCCCAGAAGGGACACAACCAGGUUUUAAUGCAGUGUGAAAUGGCUGCAGAGGAGGGAUGUGGAUUUUGUCAUUUAGACAGGUUUUUUUUUUGUCUGUUUUGUUUUUUGUUGUUUUUAACCCUGUAUGCCAGUCCAGUUGUUUUUGUGUUAAAUUCAUCCCUUUUUUGACUCUCUGUUCCAGUUCACUUUUGCUGAGCUGAACACAGUGCAGUCACAAGGCAUUUGUAUGUUAUAUUGUCAUACUUUAAAUGACUAAAGAAGACACAUGAUCAAAAAAAUAAUAAUUAUUGUUUGAAACACACAACUCUUGUCUUUUAAAUUGUUAUUUACAGAUUGAUGAUUAUUUAAUCCUUUAAAUAUAAAUAAUGAUUAUAUUUAUGAUUUUCCAUCUUCUCAACAUAUUUUAUCUAGACAGUAUACAAAGAUAGAGAUCUGUAGUUCAGGGGGAAGAAAAAGUUCCCGUUUCAUUUUAAAUGUGCUUUUCCAAUCUAUCCUGCAGAGCAGCAGUCUACGCACAGAUGCACACCCACUCCCACAUAAUUCAAUCAGUCAAAGGUCUGAUCGGUUCACGUAAUCAGAAGUGUUACAACGUGAACGGAAAGCAGCAUCCUGGUUUGGUUUGCUGUGGAGAGAGGCAGCUGUUCACAUCUUUCAUUCGUCUCUGGAGCACAAAAACACCUGAUCACACAGACGAGGAAAGUCAGGAGAAAAGCACUGUGAGGACAAAGUACUGCGGUGUUUAGGCAUUUAAUGUGAGAGAGGGGGAGAGACAAACACAGCAUAGAAAACAAAAUGCUAAGCUGUUUUAUUAGCCCACUGUGCCGUAUGGUUUAAUAAGAAAGAAACAAAGAUGAGCUGAUGAAAGAAGAGAUGUAACGAAUACUGUGGGCGAGACACAGCUAGUCGAGGAGUUCUUCAGUUGCAGUCUGUUAAUAGCACUCCUCCUCCUAGAAAUAACACGCUUUGUCUUACAUGAAAGAAUGGGUAGCAUAACCUUUAAUUAUGUUUUAUUAUUAUACACUCCUGCAGCUACUGAACACCUUCAGCAAAUGCAUGAAGUAAUAAACUGUAAAGAAAUGGAAGAAAUGAGGAGAUUGUAGGAAACUAUCUAACUGGCAUCGCCUUAAGAGCUUUUAACAUAAGACUGUAGCCUGCAAACCUUUUUUUGUUUCUGUUCAGUCAUUUAUUUGGACUUUCUAAACCAGUGGUUCCCAAACGUUUUGGCUCAGGACUCUUUACACAUCUACUUGAUAUUCGCAAGUUAUGACCUUAGUGUGGACAACCAAAGCUUGACCUUUCCCUACUCAGAUUGUUUCUUUGAACAAGAUGGGCAACUGCCCCAGAGGUUCACGCAUGCCAAUUGGAUUUUGAUCUUUGAUCAAUUAAAAAGUUGUUGGGGAGUUUGCUCAGCUAAAGUACAUUAACUAAGGCGAGUCUUGCUUUACUCGCUAAUCCUAUUGUUUCUAUUGUGCUCACUUGUUGCAUGUUCCGACAUAAAGUUUUGUAAAAUCAAAUUACCUAACUGAAGCCAAUUUGACAUAGUGGCCAAACCGUGGAAUUACAACUUCCUGGUCUACCAAGUGAUGCCAUUGGGCCCAAAAAGACAGGCGGGGUUAAAGAAAACGCUAGUGCUCUAUGGGCCCAAUGGAUGCAAGAUUGGUUUCAUUUUAAAGAUCACUGGUCGUCCAAUAUAUGAGUCAGGACACUAAAGGAGGCCACAACAAGAUUUACACAAGAUUAAAUGUAUUCAUGAUAAUGAACAUUUCAUCCAUAGCCUCUUUGUUCAUUUGAAAGAGUUUCAAAGAGAACAACUAAAAAAAGCAUCAAUCUAAUGGCAUUUUCACAUCUCGAAACCAGGAGGCUCUAAUUGAAAAGAAAUGAGAUAACAUAGUAAAUUGCAUUUGUACUUAAUGGGCUAAAACAUGCCAAACCACCAGUAUACUGCUCCUUUUACACAGGACUAUUUUUGGAUGGAUAUUGCUGCAGUUAAACACCAUUCUGCAUUUAAGAGUCGUCAUUGCUUGCAGAAAAGUUUCAAGCAGUCAAAAGCUCCAAAAUCAAGAAACCACUGUGGCAAAUAAAGGCAUCUACAUAUGGCCAUUAACUUUUAACAGCUUUAAUAUUUUGCCAAUCGGCAUUUUCAUUUGCUCUGUGUUCACUGAAAUUGAUUGGAUUGCAUUCAUGCUUCUAGAAAACUGUUACCCGGGGUACUGCUUCUGUUUGUUUUGUUCCAACUGUGUUUACUUGUUAGAGACUGUAACAGCUGGUCACUAUAAUAUACUGAGAAUUAUUGGUUUCACUGUUAUUAACCAUCAGAAUCCUGAUGUGUGUAUAAGUUGAACUCAAGUGCUUUAAAAUACAUAUUGCACCAUAUACAUUGUAUCUGGUUUAUUUUGUGCAUGAGUAAAUUCAUACCUAAUAACUGUUCAAAUGUUUCUAUUAUUGAGAGGAAAUAUGAGAGUGAGGAUGCUGUUCAAUAAUGUUUUUUCUGAGGUUUACAUGACUGGUUGGUUGGAAAUGUCUGUAUGCUGUGCUGAAUCUACAAAAGGGCAUUGGAAAGAAUCAUGAUUCUGCACUGAAUAUAUAAAGACACUUAUAAAGAAAAGUAUGCUAACGUAUGUUGUUUAGUUCAAGUGUUCAUUUGCUACAAUUGUUGUUAUUUGCUUCUCAAUAAUUUGUAUCCUAAUGUUUACAAUGUGAGAAGUUGAAGCUGUUAUGGAUGUGUAUUAUAUAUGUUUAUCCAUGUGGUGAACUGUUGGACUGAUCAGACCAGGGCAGAUGGGCAAAACUGUGAGGUCAAGUAGAGGAAAAAACACUGGUACAGAUUAUUAUUAUUAUUAUUAAAUCACAGGAUCUAUAUCCAUUACUUCAAUGACAUUAGACGCCACUGGUCUAAACAAAGAGAUGAUGAUGGACCUCGAGUUGUUUUGAUAUCAUUAGAGUUAUUAAAGGCCACAUUUGUAAUAUCUGACAUGUGUUCGGCAGACACAGUCUUUGAAAUGACUGUUACAAAUACACACUGGAAAGUUAUUUAUUCAGAUGUCUGGAGAAAGUUUAAUCCAAAUUAUUAUCAGAAAGGCUUCUUCAGUCCAACUGUUGUGGGGAAUAGUGGUAUUAGGUAACCAUGCAACUAGUAGCGCGGGACUAUCCACUGUUAAAAUGAGGGCAUGUAAAAGUCCUUGGUUACAAUCACUUCCCAGGAACAAUUCAAACUGAAGAAGCUCUUUGGAUGAACAGUGAAGUGUCUUCAAUCAAAACUCUCGUCCAGUGAUUUUGAUCUUCUCCAGACAUCAGAGCACCUGGAUAAUUGAGAAUAACCUUAAUAUGUAUGUUAUUUGUUUUAUAGCAAGAUUUGCAAAGUAACAUUUGUUAAAGGCACAGUUUUAAACAAUAAUUAACUUUCUUGCGUUUGAUAAAGAUUGAUAUCCACACUCAUGUCUGAGGGUUGUGCAAGUAUGGAACUAAAGCCAGGGGGUGGUUAGCUUAGCUUAGCAUAAAGGCUGGAAACAGGGAAACAACUGCCAUGUCUCUGUCCAAAGUUAAAACAUCUACCAACCAACACCUCUAAAUCUCUUUUUUCUGUGGUCUGGUGUACUUUGUGGUUUCAGGAGGAGUUAUGCAGUGUUACUAUUUGGCAACCUCACAGCAAAAACAAGACUCUGGGAAGUCACUGGUCCCAGUUUUUGUUCCCCAUGAAAUUGUUAUGGCACAUAACUCCCCAUAAAACCACUAAUAGUUGUCUGUGUAGGUUCAUUCUUGACCUAGGGAUAGCUAGGAUAAGCUUUCAGACAAAAGCUUCAAGAAAAGCCAAGUAAGUGAACCUAGAGGGUUCUUUUGUCACAGAGAUGUGAUUCCAAGGUCAAGAAUAAACCUACAGAAAUUAUUUAUUUUUUGGCCAAGAUGGAAAUUACGUUUUAACGUUCUUAGAAAAGAGGCCAAAAAACCUCUGGAAUAACUAAUAAAGUCAACCUGGAUUUAAGAAUUGUCAUCACAGAACACAUAUUUCAGUUGUUGUUUGGAAUAAAAAAACAAGCUACAACUUGUUAUGAAGUUUGUAAGGCAGAUCUUAUUUUAUUUUUUAGAGAAAGCUAGGCUGUUUGUGUCCCUAUGUUUCCAGUCUGUAUGCUUAGCUAAGCAUGGAGGUUUUAUAAGAACUGGAUAUGGCGCCACCGCUCACCCCAGUGGCCACUCGUGGUAUUGCAAUGAAAUAUUCUCCUGUGGCCUAGAGAGCAUUUUCUUCACAGGCCACCAUUAUAAAAGAGAUGUCUGCAAAACUGUUGACAGGACACCUCAAACUACAAAGAAACAAUCAAUUAUGACUCUUUCUAUAAUUCAUUUGUUAUCCAUGAAGUAUUUAUAUUUGUAAAACUUUCCUCGAGCAGAGAAAAGUGUGAAAAGAAAGUGGCGUCAUCAGAAUGUAAACUCUUAUGGGCUGAGCGGGAACUCGUGGGGUGGGGGCCAGCAGGAAAUCACUACUGCAGAUAUUCAGUGGUCCGCAUAACCAUGAAGUAAAGCCAGAAGCUAGGAAACAUCAAUGAAGCUAAGCUGAUUACUUCCUGGCUCCAGCUCCAUACUCAGUGCACAGACAAGAGAGUGGUAUCAAGCUCCUCAUCGAAUACUCGGCCAGAAAGGGAAUCGAAUAUUUCCUAAAAUGUCAAACUAUUUCUUUAAAGCUAUCAUGUAUGUACUGAAUAUGCCUGUCCACUUGUAACGUUGGAUCACAACAUUUAGAACAGGUGAUGCUUGCCUCACAUGAAAGCCCAUGUUUCCUGGGCUUGACCCCUCACCUCCAUCUACUGUGAGGUGACCCAAAACCUCCUAGCAGCGCCCCCUGCAGGACACCAUAUACUCCUGUACUCUCUGUGAAAACCUCAGCACACUUUUAGUGCCUCUGAACAAUGUUGCCAAUAUACCACUGACUGACUGACUGACUGACUGACUGACUGGAUGGAUGCCUGGACAACUGAUUUCUGAGGCUGUGUAUAUGUGUGUGUGUUUUCUGACAGAUGAAUAAACGUACAGAUGAUUAAUAA